AUGCUUCCGCCAUUUGACUACUUUACGUACCGUCGUGUGCGGGACCAAAAACGAGCGGAACGAGCUGCUCGCUUCGCCUCUCUCCCUCCUCCUUAUCUUCUCCCCAUUACAGCAGACGACAAGGAGAUCAUCAACCGGCCAAUUGAGAAGCUAGUUCAAGAUGUGCAAAGCUCAGCCAUUACUCCACUGUCUGUCCUUCAGACAUACGGCAGGGUUGCUGUCCGGGCUCAGGAGCGCACCAACUGUAUCACAGAGCUCCUGCUGCCAGAGGCGGAAUCAUGGCUACAGUCAGAGGUCAACCUCAAGGGCCCAUUGGCGGGUAUCCCAGUCUCAUUGAAGGACUCUGUUCAGAUCAAGGGUUUUGAUACCACCCUUGGCUACUCGGCCAAAGCCAACAAACCGUUCGCAGAGGAUGGCCCCAUGGCCAAGCUACUCAAGGAUGCCGGAGCUGUUCCUUACGCCAAGACUGCUUUGCCUAUUACUCUUCUUUCUUUCGAGUCCGACAACGGGUUAUGGGGCCCGUGUCUCACCCCCCACGUUCCUGCCUACUCACCAGGGGGCUCCACUGGCGGUGAAGGCGCUCUCCUCGCACAGGGUGGCCGGAUUGGUAUUGGAUCUGAUGUUGCCGGAUCGGUGCGUGCUCCAGCGGCCUGGAGUGGGGUUUAUUCUCUGCGCUGCACCACCGGCCGUUGGCCCAAGGUGGGCGUGAGUACUAGCAUGGCUGGCCAGGAAGGCAUCCCCAGUGUCUUCAGUCCCAUGGCCCGCACCUUGAAUGACCUGACCUACUUUACUCGUGCGCUCAUUGGCAUGAAGCCUUGGAAAUAUGAUUAUACCGUCCAUCCCAUUUCAUGGAGAGAUGAGCUCGAGGCUGGAGCAAAGAGCCGGCCACUGCGUGUUGGAUUGAUGAGCAAUGACGGCGUCGUCCCCCCAACCCCAGCAAUCGAACGAGCUCUGUCUACUACCGUCGCCGCUUUGACCGAAGCUGGCCACACUGUAUCCGAGAUCACCACCCCUGAAGGUGCCGACCCAUUCACUGGCCUCAACCUGGCUUCUCAGCUCCUCAACUCCGAUGGCUGCUACCAUUUCAAUGACCCAUUGCGCAGCUUCGAGCCCAGUGACCCCGGCGCAGCCCAAUUAUCUGCAGUCGCUCACUUGCCCCGUCCCUUACGUUACCUCUACUACCUCUUCGUCCGCUACAUCAAGCGCGAUAAAAUCCUCGCCACGCUGAUCCGCGACUUUGGUCCUAAAUCCUCCGCCCAGCUCUGGCCCCUCGUCGCUCAGCGCGAAGCCUUCCGCGCUACCUGGCACAAAUGGUGGGAUGCAGAGCCCCAGCAGUAUGAUUUUAUCCUCUGCCCCGUCAACGCUACCCCUGCCCUCCCGCACCAGGCCAUGCACGACGCUGUGUCGUCAUGUGGCUAUACGUUCCUGUGGAAUUUACUCGACUACUCCGCUGGUGUCUUGCCGGUCGGUCAUGUCGAUGCUGUCCGUGAUGCCCUCGUUGCGCCAUACCGCGCCGUUCUUAAGAAACUAGGAAGCGAUCAUUCCGUUGCACGCGGUGCAUGGAAGCACUACGAUGCUGGUAAAAUGGCGGGCCUGCCCACUGCUGUGCAAGUUGUUGGGCGUCGCUGGGAUGAGGAGCAGGUCCUGGGUUAUAUGGAGGUUGUGGAGAAGGCUUUGGAGCAGUACCGGGAUCCGCAGACAGGCAAGAGCUCGAAGUAUACUCUGCUAGAGAUUGAUUAG